GGACUCUGGAAAGUUCCUGCCGGAAAAACGUCAGCACCAUCUCUAAAUUCGCCACCUUCGGAUCAAUCCAAUUCCGGAUCUGAUUCAUUUCUAGCUUCUCACCAUUUCUCGCGAAUCUCUGCUUCAAUCUUUCUUCUACACAGAUCAAAAAAAGAAAUGCAGGGAGGAAGAGAUCCUUUCUCUGGCUUUGGAAACCUUUUUGGCGGUGGUUUUGGUCCUCAUAGAAGCUUAAUGUCAAAUUUCUUUGGAGGGAAGGAUCCUUUUGACGAUCCCUUCUUCACACAACCAUUUGGAGGCAUGUUUGGGUCUGGCAUUUUUGGGGGUGGUGAACAACAAUUUAUGGGCCCGAGUCAGGCUGGAUUUCCAGAAGCAAUGUUUUUUCCUCCUAGCAGAAGUCAUUUUAUGGGCUCACAUCCAGUUGGAUUCAUUGAACAGCUGCCUGCUCAGCCCACUGGGUCUCAGGGGCCUAUAAUUGAAGAGUUGAAUUCUGACGAUGAGAACGAAGACAAGGGAACCAGUGAGAAAGGAAAUCCUAGAAAGCACGGGAGAUUGAGUGAAGAGCCUUUUGUUCAAGAUCCAGAUGACAAAACAGAAGAGCGGAUGAGGAAGCAAAUGCACUACGGGAAUGAGUUUAGGCAGAUGCAACAUUUUCAACCACAGCCACAGGCUCAGAGCUUCUCUUUUCAGAGUUCGACUGUUACUUAUGGUGGGGCUAAUGGAGCAUAUUAUACUUCAUCUAGAACCAGGAGGACAGGGAGUGAUGGUUUGACGUUUGAAGAAUGCAAAGAAGCUGAUUCAGCCACAGGUAAAGCAAAUCAUAAGAUUUCGAGGGGGAUCCAUGAUAAGGGUCAUUCUGUCUUACGAAAGCUGAAUUCAGACGGAAGAGUUGAAACAAUGCAAGCUUUGCAUAAUAUUAAUCAAGAUGAACUUCCAAGUUUCGAGGAAGACUGGAAGGGAAAGGCUAAAAUGCAUCUUCCUGGUUGGAUGGGGGAAGGGUUUAAUGCCAAUGGGGCUAUAGGAGGUGGAAGCAGCAGUGGUGGGGAUAACAGGUUACCAAACAGAGGAGGGCUGGCACUUCCUUCAACAGAGAAUAUACCUCAUCAUCAUCAGCCCACCAAGAAGUAUGGCGGAGAUGGAACCACGGCUGCUCAGAAUGGGCAGAGGAAAGACCACAAGAGAGGCGGCAAGCGCGUCGGCUUUAGCAACUCAACUAAAUAAAAUUACCCCUCCGCGGCAUGACGAUGUCCCUCUUAUUAUUGUCAUCCUAAAAUGGUACAUCCAAUAGGGCACUGUAUUUAUUCUCUGGUGCCCCGCUCUUUUUUAUCGGUGUAAGAAGUUGUUUAAGUUCGCAUUAGUAUUACUUGGAAGUGUGAACUUAAGAUUUGUAGUACUGUAUAAUACGUCGUAUAAAAUGACUCUUUUGGUAUGGUUAGCUCUUUGUUUGGGAGGGGUUCUGAGUUGAAUGGUGUGAGUACAAAGGUUGGGAGAGUUAUGCCAUGCCCAAGUGUAGUUGGUUAUUGGAAGUCCCCAGCCCAAGGAAAACGACUCAAUACCUUAAAGUAAAGGGUGUUCUAAUGA